AUUCUGCUAAUCAAGAUAAGUUGAAAAGUUUUGACUAAUGAAGACUAUUCUAUUAAAAUGUGCGGAAUAUCAUUUUAUUUUUAGAAUACAACCAAAUGAAUUAAAUUUCAUCUGGUCUUGUCAGUAAAUAGACUAUGAUCAUUUUUAAUGUUACUGACGUAAAAGAGAUAGCAAUGAAUUAAUUUAAUUGUAAAGGUUUUUACUCAAAGCAGCCUAAUAUUAUAUUCAAAAUGAAUGAAUUCUAAUAUGACAGGCAAACUAAUUAUGGAGUCGUGAUUUUUUUACAUAUAUAUAUAUAUACAUUUCUAUAUCCUUUCUCCCAAUGGCAAAUAAAUAUUCUGGAUUUUUAUUAGUGUUUAUUACAUACCAUUUCGUUUUUAUCACUUUGCUUAUUCCUAUAAUCAGUGGAUACACUUGUACUCCUGGUACUGGAGAAAUUUUACUUCGAAGCUCCGCACUUAAUUCAGCGGAGAAACGAGUAGAAAACGAUAUAACUUCUAACAGUAACAACGAAGAUGGAAACGGAAAGCACUUAAUAAAACAAGGUAUAUUCACCUCACCAAAAUGGCCCAAAUCAUAUGAAUCUGGGACACGUUGUGUUUAUCGUUUUAUAGCGGAUGUUGGUGAGAAAGUCCAUAUUAAAUUCGAUCACUUUGUUUUAUCGGGUGAUAUGCCAAGUUGUUCAGUCGACUUCUUAGAUGUGUAUAUUGAUGUUGCUUCGUCAACACUAGAUUUGGAUAGACAAGCUGCAAUACUUGUUGAAGCCUCUUCUUCUUUAUCAUCAUCAUCUAAUGAACUACACACAACAACACCAUUUUCAGCCUCUGUUUAUUCUUCCGUAUUAGAUAAGUCAGAUUUAUUGGGCCGAUAUUGUGGUGAUUAUCUAGCGACCAACUCUGUCACAUUUAUUAGUUUACACAGAGAGAUUGUAUUGGAUUUUUAUUCAGAGUUAGAAAAAGUGGCAAAUCCCUGGUAUACAACUGGAAAAUCCACUAUAUUCGGUUUCAACGGAACAUUCGAAUUUAUUAAUGAUGAUGCAUUCUAUCCUGGUAAGGCUGUUUCUUCCUCUGAAUUGUAUAUACCAUUUGAAGAUGACAUUACUACUAGUACUGGCAAUGCUACUGCUGCUUCCACCAUAACUAGUAGUAACUGUCGUUUUCGUAUUGAAGCAGAUCAUAUUGCUAAACCUAACAUAAAUGGAGAUAUGACUAAAUUAGAUGAAAUAUCUGGUGAAUUAAUUUCACCUACCUACCCAGGUUACCAACCUAACAAUCUUCUCUGUGUAUAUCAGUUAAUUGGGCUUCCAUAUCAGCGAAUUAGCUUGGAUAUUUUGGACAUAGACUUAUACUCAGGAUCACCAGGAUGUCCAAAAGAUUUUAUCCAAUUCUAUGAUGGUUUUCAAAUAGACAAUACCAGUAUAAGUCGAAAUUCUAUCGGUCAAAGAAUAUGUGAUAACUCGAAUAAUAUUCAUAUCGUAUCUACGGGAGCAAGUUUAGUCAUACUAUUCGUUACUGGUCAAAUUCAGUUGCUAAAUUAUGUAAAUAAUAAAAGAGAUAAUGUAAUAAUGAAUGCAUUGAGUACAAGACGUCGAGGUUUUCGAUUACGUUAUACAUUUACUAAAAGGUUAUUGCCUGUCAGUGAAGCACCUGGAGGCGAGCACGUCCGUGGAACAGAAUGUGAUUAUGUGAUAAAAAGUCAAGGUUCCAUUGAAAAACAGUUUGAAUCACCCACAGUGCGCAAUAAUUUCGUAUUAACUCCAGAUAGAGUAUGCAAUUUCAUAUUUAUCGGAGAACGAUUUGAACAAUACAUCGAAAGCGUAUCAAUUGGAUUUGAACGAAUCGAAUUACCUAAGUCAAGUGAAGGAAGUCAAAUAUGUGAUCGUGGACACAUGGCAAUUUAUGGUAGUAGAUCAUUACCUGGUGAACAAAUUAACAAACCAACCUAUGAAUAUUCUCAUGAAAUACUUCAAUCUAAUAAAGAACCCGAUCAUGUGUUUUGUGAUCGAUCAAAUGAACUAGAAUCGCUCAAAAUCGGAUCAGGUUUUCAACAUCAUGAUUAUCCAAUAGUUGGACGACACAAUGUCUUACUGGUGAGAUUUAAUUCAACGGGAGCCGACUUACCCGGUUUAAAUAUGAAGUUUAUUCUAAGUUAUAGGUUUAAAAAGGACUUUGGUAUUCCCGGUAUAAUGAUUAAUCCUGAAAGUUGUCAGUUUAUGUAUGUAAAUCCAUCGCAGUCGGCAACCUCUGUUUUUUCAUUGUCAUCAUCUUCUUCCGAACCGUCAUCCUCAUCUACCUCAAAAACAAAUACAGUAAAUUUCAAAGGAUGGACCAACUCACCUCUCUACCCAAAUAAUUACCCACCUAAUUCAGAUUGUUUGUAUAUAAUUACACCACAAAAUGAAUUUGCUGUAGAACAAUCCAUACGUCUAGUCUUUGAAACAUUUGCAACUACAUAUCGAACCCAGUCGAAAGUAUCAAUUGAAAACCAAUCAGAAGUGGAAAAAUUUCAAAUUUGUUAUCAGGAUUUCCUUGAAAUCAUCCAGUUAUACAUUCCUUUAAAAGAAGAAGUAAUGAGUGCAUUAACUUCACGUGUCAAUUAUCCACUGUUACUUGAAGUAUCAUAUGAUGUCUGGAUACAACGUUGGCAUAAUUUAGAGAAAGAAUUACAAAUUUAUUUAGGUACAAAUCAACAUAUACUUGAACCUAUAAGUAUAUACUGUGGGAAAUAUAUACCGGGUCCAAUUGUCUCAGAUCCAACUGCCACAGCCAUUUUAAUGAGAUUUCAUAGUGGACAAAAUACAACUUCAAAGGGCUUCACAUUAAGUUAUGAAUUUCUCCCAAAAAUACGUCUUGAUCCAAUAAAAUCAAAAGUUGUUGGUAAACCGGGGAACAAAAAUGGUGAUAGUGCUGACGAAAAGCAUCCAGUCAAAAGUACUAGCAGUGGUUUAAUUACUUCACCAAAUUUUCCCAAUUUAUAUGUCAAGGACUUCAAUUAUGAAUGGUAUAUUCAAGGAACUACAGAGAAAAGUCGCAUUCAAUUAUAUUUCAAUUCAUUGGAUUUAGAAGGUUCGAAAAUGAAUUGUUCAAGAGCAGUUCUUCGGAUAUAUGAAGGUCGUAACCCAAGAAGUUCAUAUGAACUUUGUGGAAAUCCUAAUGAACUCCUGCCUAUCGUUAUACCAAAUUCUGUAGCACGAGUAAAAAUGCACACAGCAACGGAUGCAUCUGGUUCAAAAGGAUUCGAGUUAAUUUGGACUGAUCUACUACCAAUAGAUCCUGAAACUGGAUGUAAAGGUUUCCUCUGUGAAAACACAGGUCAUUGUUUAUAUACAGAUCUAGAAUGUAAUGAAGUACUGAAUUGUGGAAUGUAUCAAAAGGAUGGAAAAUGGUUAAAGGAUGAAUCAGAUGAAGCAAGCUGUUCAUUGAGACUGAGUUACAACUUAGUUCAUAUUGGUACGGGUAUUCUACUAGCACUAAUUCUACUUCUUGGUAUAGCUUGCUACAUUUACUAUCGUGAAUAUAAACGCCGAAAACAUAUGCCAUUGGAUCCCCUAACAGAACUAACGGGUUCAAAGCCUUCUCUAUCACUUAAUCAGUCAGCUCACAGAUUGACCACCCACUGUCCAAAUAAAAAACAGUUACAUAAGUGUCAUAAUUCACAGAGUACAGGGUUGUUAUGCGAUUUGUCAACCGAGAAAGAAAUGGUCUUUACAGAUAUCGGUCCAAUAAAGAAGCAUCAGCACCAGCAACACUAUCACCAUCAUCAACAUCGUCAUUUACUACAUUCACAUCAGUUACCGCCACAUGCUCACUCUCAUCGGUACCACCACCACAGUUACAACAAAAAGAUGACUGAACACAGUACACACUCACAACUAAUCAAUGCAUCUCAUGACUGUCAUAGUUCACACUUUUCACUCGAUAACCAACACGAUUAUUGUCAUACGAUUAGAUUAAAUAAUAAGACACAACACCGGUCAUCGUCACAUUCAGGAUCAUUAGUUAAAAAUGGAGGUGGUACAGUAAUAUCGGAUUCUGUACAUAGUUGCGGAGGUAGUAAUAAUAAUACAAGUGGUUUGAUUGUCGGAACUGGAAGAAAUUUAUCAACAACAGCCGACGGUGGGUUGCUUAUAAGAGAGAAAAUGCAAAAAAUAUCAAUAGUUUAACUCAUUUCUGAUGAAAUUUCCACACUUUUUGGUCUUUUCGUUCACAUACAACUCCAAGUAAUAUUAUGUAUACCAGAGUUGGUGUAGCUAAAUAUUGAUAUUACUACUAUCACUGUAAUUUAUGAAAAACAGCUCACCAAAUCUACUUCUGAUAACUAAUCAUUCCAUUGGUUUUUUUUUGUACAUUGUAAUAUUAUCCACUAAAAUGAAAUGUAUAACUUUUAUUCAGGUUGAAAAUGUGAUUUCCAUUCUUUCUUUUAUUCAUCCUUUGGUUUUGGUUUUUGUUUCAGAGUGUUCUAGUGAUUAUGUUGUGUUUAAAAGGUGUAUGACCUCUUUUUAGUGAUUUAGUAUGUGCUAAUAUGUAUUAACCACAGUAUAUUUUUCUCUCGUCAUUUUUGAACAGUUUAUUGAGUAUGAUAUAUUCGAUGCUUAUAUAUCCAAAAAUAGAUACAUAAUGAUUGAUUUAAACUAGGUCCAUAUGGGUAUAUUUUAGAAGUAUAUGUAGAUACAGUGAUUUUAGUCACUUAUCCUUGUAAAUAAGAACGUUAGUAAUAUUGACUAAUUACUUAAAAAUAAAAUAUUGUUUCUUUUUUUUGUAUAAAGGCGAGCAACCUCGUGUUCUCUGUUUUAUUUACUUACUUCUCCCUAUUUGUGCAUUAGUUUUAAUUUUUCGUUUUGUUUUCUUCUUUGGAAUGCAUUUUUCUUCUUAUAAAGUUAACAUAUUGAUUAAAAUGUAAGGAACUUUUUUAGAAGCUAUUGUUGAAAGUAAAUUCCACAGAAAUCACUUUAUC